AGUACAGCAAGAACCAAAACAAGUACAGUAGACUCUCUCUCAAUCGUGAAUAUGGGGCAAAAUGUCAUCCGGUUUAGCGAUAGAAUUUAGCGUCAAAGCCUCUGUAAAUUCCACAAAAAGUGCUCAAUUAUAAAGAAUCACGAUAAAAUAGGAAGAACUACAGCGAAUUUGAGAAAAUUAGCUCCAUAAUUAAGCGUGAAAACUGUCAACAAAAUUUGACGCCCGAUUGAGAAAGAGCCGAUUGAGUGAGAGUCUACUGUAGUAGAAAGUUUUAUGAAUGAAAUCUACAAUUUUUAAUGAAAUACAUAUUGAUUCACUAAAUAUUGAAUGAAAUUUAGUCAGUUGAAGUGCGUUCUACAGUUCCGCAUUGAUUUUGCAGAGGAAAAGUCCUUGUCACGAGGUUCUCGACGGCCAACUGAAUCCUCGAGGGUAGCCGAUGGGGAAACUUUUGAACGUUCUCUUCGUUGGUCACAACGGAUUUAAGCAGUUUCGUGACGACACGAGAUUGCCAUCAUUGGAUUUUGCCGAAAUCGAUAUUGACCCUCAUAGUCGGCGAUUUGAGGGAAAGUCCAUCAAAGUUGCUGCAACUCUCACUUUUAGUGCUUUUGCGGCGGGAAAAUUUAUUGUUUUCAGAGGAUUUAUCAAUGGAGAAGAAAAGACUGUAUUGCAUGAUUUUACUGAGGAAAUCUCUGAUAUUUCCUGCAAUACCAAGCACUGUUUGAUCUUGCUGAAGACUGGAGAAAUUUAUCAGUUUUCAGUGAUGAGAAAUCAGUUGAUUCUUUUGAAUUUUCUCUCCACUGAAAAUAAUUCUGCUGAAAAAGACUUUGUUACGCAUAUUUCUUGUGGGGAAACCAAGAAUAUUGCUGUUACCAGGCAAGGUGCUAUAUAUGAUAUUCCCUCGAAAAUCCACCAAUUUGAGAAACACGUGAAAAUCCAGAAAAUCUCCUGUGGACACGAACAUGCAGUUCUUCUAACAAAGAAUGGAGACGUUUAUUCAUGGGGAAAUGGACUGAGGGGUCAAUUGGGUCACGGAGACUUGGAGGGCCAUACAGAACCUCAACUAAUUGAAGCUCUAAGUGGAAUAAAAAUCGUGGAUAUUGCAGCUGGAGGAUGGCAUAGUGCUGCAGUAUCAGCUUUUGGAGAUCUCUACACUUGGGGCUGGAAUGUGAGUGGACAGCUGGGAAUCUCAGUCUCUAAUCCUUCCUUGCCAACAGCAAAUUUCACCCCUGUAGUGUACAGUAUUCCUGAAAUAAUCGAUCUACCUCGGGACGGGGACGAUGACCUCAAUGCCCAAUUCAAAGUCACGGCAGUUUCUUGUGGGAAUCAGCACACAUUCAUUAAAACCGAAUGUAGGCGAGCCCUAUCAUCAGGACAUAAUAAAUUUGGGCAAUUGGGCAUCAAGAAAUCUUCAAAAAAGAUUUUUGAGGAUUCAUUCUCAAUUGUAAGAGAAGAUUCAGCAGACUGUUCAAUUAUAUGUGGCACCUACUGUACUAUCUGGAUCAUGCCUCGACUGUAAUUUUUCUCUCAGUACUAAACUACUUCAGCAGGGGCUUGUGUGUCGUAGAUGGCGCUGUGAGACUGAUUUUUUGAAUUUGUAAAUUCUUAAAGAAAUAAACGGUUAAUGAACAAAUAAAAACAAAA